ACGUCUUCAGUGGGAGGAGAAAGCAGGAAGUGGCCGAACCUUUUAACACCGUCAGAUAACUUCACAGACAAACACACCUUUGUGCAUCAAGACGGGAGUAACGCACGGCCCCUCUUCAUGAUCGAGGUGAAUGAGUGAGGAGUAAACCAGACUGACUCAUCCUUAUCGUCUUCAUCAUUAGAUGCGCGUGUGAUAAUCACUGCGGUAGAGCAGCAUUACACACUCCAGACACACUCAAUGAGAAGCAUGGAGGAGGUUACCUAACCACUUCUAAAGUUUAAGGGCUAAACAACAAAAAAGCCUGACCCGUGUGGCCACUGAUUCCAGCAUGGAGACGGAAACCGGCAAGAUCCACUGCAAACUCUGCCUGACUGACUGCCCUGAACUGGACACCAGCACACUUCAAUCGUGUAACUGUGUUUUUUGUGUGCAGUGUUUAAGGCAGUAUGUCCAGCUGGCUAUUCGGGGCGGUGCCGGAAGUGCCAUCACCUGCCCAGACCCGGCCUGCAAGAACACCGGAACUCUGCUGGAUUUAGAGAUUGCCUCCUUUGCCUCCAGUGAUCAGGUCGAGCUUUAUCAGCGGCUUCAAUUUGAAAGAGGAGUUCAGUUGGACCCCAGUAAGGCCUGGUGUCCUGUGCUGGACUGUCAGGCUGUGUGCAGUGUAAAACCUGGUACUGAAGGCAAACCCGCUCCUGUGCCCUGCCCUGCGUGCCAUGCUGUGUUCUGCUGCGGCUGCAGAGGCCUCUGGGAGGACAGGCACUCCUGCUCUCAGCACCAGCCACUGAUAACCCCAUCAGCAGACAGUGUAUUGGCCAGCAGUGACACUGAUGCGAUGAUUAAACAGUGUCCCACGUGUGGCGUCUACAUAGAACGCAAUCAGGGCUGCGCUCAGAUGCUGUGCAAGAGCUGCAAACACACGUUCUGCUGGUACUGCUUACAUAAUCUGGACGGUGAUAUAUUCCUAAGACAUUACGAUAAAGGACCAUGCCGAAAUAAGCUUGGACACUCCAGAGCUUCUGUCAUGUGGAACAGGACACAGGUUGCUGGUAUGCUGGUGGGCAUCAGCAUCAUCAUUCUAGUGACAUCACCACUGCUGCUGCUGGCCUCUCCCUGCAUCCUGUGCUGUGUGUGCAAACCAUCUCAAGCCAAGAAGACUAAGAAAAAGAAAAAGAAGACAGACAAGGAGCCAUCAGAUUCCACCGCAUAGGACAGUUCUUUGUAAUCAACAUCUAUAGCGUCAUCCAUGUGCCCAACACUAGUCUCACCAGCCAGGUGCAUAAGUGCCUCAUUCUCAGUGCCUGGGAUUCGGUGGGUUUAUUUUGCCUUCAGGUGCAUUAUGGGAAAAAUACAUGUUGCUUAUUGAAAGGAAUUAUCCCUUUCUUCACUAAGCCAAAACAUUUGUGUCUUUUAUAGAGGUUAAAAAAAAUCAGUGCAUGGACUGUAGCAAUCUGUUGUACUCUGCUUCAAACUUUUAUUGUUUUCAUAUAUUUUUUUCAGACCAAAGGCCCUGUUUCCUUAUGUACUAUAAAGUGUAAAUACUGUAUUUAUGAGUCUGUAUGAUGUCCUGUGUUCUUUUUUACAUUUUCUGCACCAGAUAUUUUAUAAAACUUCAUUACAAUAAAGCCAGUAACUGAAAUUGAG